CAAAGCGGCAGAGUGUCCUUCCAAAUGGUGCGUGUCUUCUGUGUCUGUGCUCCAGUGUGUGGAAUGGUGCAGAUAUCACCCUGCGGUCGUUUUUAAUUAGGUUUGUUGGUCUGGCUGGAAAUUCCGUACGGAAAAAUGCGGAAAAACUGGACAAAGCAGAUGUGUUUGUGUGUGUAUGCGCGCGAGGGGUUAACUUGAAAGGGCACAUAUUAAUAUCUGGAGCAGCCCGUUGAAGCUUAAAAUUUUCUUUGGAUAAGAUUAUUCAGGUUUUUUCUGUGUCGGGGAAUGCUAUGAAGGAUUAAAUUUUGUAUACAAAACCAUUGCCCCGAGGAACUAUUUCUGGAAGAGGUUUAGGCUGCCAUAGAAGCUCAAGUAAAAAGAAAUGUUACCAUCCUUAUAGAUUCAUUCCCAAGAACAGCAGUGAGAGGAUUCAGGAAAAGUUAAAAGAAAUAAUUGUGUUAAUAACUUGAAAAAAAAAUGUGUAAGUUUUUGUACUUGUGGCGAAAAAUGAAAAAUGCUAGCGUCUGCUCGUGGUUGGCUCGAAACAAGUUCUGAGAUGGGUUAAGUCAACAUGGGUUUCAGCAGUGAAAAUUCCCUGGUGCUGUGCAAUAAAAAGCGACAUACGAGUUAGGAGAAAAAGAAAUGAUAACCGCACCAGUACCGAAAAUAUGGGAAUCCGUAUCCUAUCCUCUCGUAGAUUCAAGACACAAUACAUGCUCUUUCCGGUUAUGAUGGAGAUUUUCGACAAGAGCGAGAGAAACCUUUUCUGAUUAAAAAAAACGAUUACGGGGUAUAGCACAAGGAUUGUGUUUCCAGCGCAUUUUUGCUCCUGUUAUCUUCUUGUAGUGAUGAAGAACUAAAGCUGAGUUUCUGGGGGAAAAACAAUCUUAUGGUGGGUGCCAGCUAGAAUAUGUAAUGAUAUUCAUAAAGAAUUCACUCAAAUAUGUAGUGCGAAGUUUAGAAAGAAAAUUGCUCAUAUGUACAUACUAAACGAAGUGAGACGAUGGAAGUGUAGUGGAGUGGUAGCUGAGAGCGAAAAAGUUUCAUAGUUCAAACCACGCGUCAACGCAAAAUUCGGGAUAUAAAAAAAAGUUGGAGAAAAAAUCUGGUCGCUGAAAGUCUCGAAGCUUUUAUUUGGAUGAAGGAGUUUUAAGUGUGAAAGUUUGAAACAGUACGCUCAAGAGAAGUAGUUUCCUACAUCUGCUGCUACACUUGGCUGAUUCUACUGAUUGAAACCGGGUUGCUGUUGGAACGCCGUUUUGAGAGUAUUAUCCAUCCACCGGCAGUGAUGAGGACGAAAGACACGAGCUGCUGGAAAAGUUUCGUCGUACGAGAAAAAUGUCCUCCCGGCUUCAAGUGGGAUAAGAUUGCUUGAGGACAUACUGGAUGCUGGGGAAGAAGGUGAAAUUUGAACGUCGGUUGGAUAAGGGAAAUUCAAUUCGUUACGUAAUGUAUUUAAACUAAAGAAAAGAAUUAAUGGUGGUAAAAAGGUGAACAGUUUACCGCAACAGAGUGGAAGUGGAGUGAAAACGGAAAAGUAGGGAAAAAAGUUCAAAAAGUGGAAGUGUGACAGGGUUAAAUAAUUCAUUCCAAUCUGGUGAACUGAUAAUUAGAAGAAGAAAAAAAAAAUUAACGAGUGCGCAAAGAAUAAAUGGGAAAAGAGUGGGGGAGAAAAUAAAGGAAUAGUGAGAAGCAGUUUCGUGCUUAUGUACAGCGUUUGUGUGUUUGUAGCAGUAUCCUUUGCCCUCAGCUGUGUUGUACUUCGGAAAAAUGUGUCUUUCCUUUUUACACAGCACUGGAGGAGCAAUUGUAAAUAGGAGAAGAAACUUUUGCACGAGUUAGCGUCAUCACGAUGUCAACAGCCAAACGGCUGGUGCUAUCGCUAAGAGGUCGCAAGGAAUCUCAGAGUACCGCUGGAACAUCCUCCACGCGGCUAGUUUCGGCCAACAGUACCUCGCCCGGUCACGAACUCGACGAGAUUGCGGUGGUCUCCGGGGGUGCUGAAUCGAGCCACGUCUCCUACGGUAGUCUCUCGCUCGGUCACACCAAUGGGCCCCGCUACAUACCAGAUGAUGAUGGCAAGGCAUGUUUUGACGAUACGAAACUGUCGCGACAUCACUCGCACUCCCUCAACGGUACGGAUGCAGCGAUAAUGCAUCUGGCCCCUCCGCCCCUCGAAGCCGUUGGGUCCGACUUCAAUACCAUUCAAACGUCCUCGGAACACAAUCGAAACUCUGUGAGCCGUCAAAGUCUCAUGGACAUCGUGAGUGCCAAGCUUGGCAUGUCCGGUCCCCAGUUAGGCCAGAGCAUCUCGCAGCAAGGUUUCUUCUCGUCGCGUGAUAGCCUGGCGGCUUCGGGCACGUCCCGACCGCUGCAUUCCCAUGUCUCUGCCACCACAUCUGAGAUGGACCUGUCCCGGAAAGACCGCAAGCGGGAGCGCAGUAAGCUGAAAGCCAGCGACCAGCCGCUGCUCGGCUCGUGGAGCAGAACUGGGCCCCGGGAGUCCAACGCGCACACGAUGGCUGCGGCGGCGACCCGGGCGUCCAGCAACCACCUGGUGCCACAGGGCGUACCCGGAAGCACCUGCAACGGAGCGGAUCGAUACAUAUUCGGACGCCGGUCGGGCUGCUCGACUUCAUCCCGCAAGUCCAACGGCCGCCGCUGGUCGUUCGUGUUCGAUCCGGCCGGUCGGCUGUGCUACUACUGGUCCAUGGUGGUUUCGAUGGCGUUCCUGUACAACUUCUGGGUGAUCAUCUACCGGUUUGCGUUCCAGGAGAUCAACGGCGAGACGAUUGUGCUGUGGUUUUGUCUGGACUACUUUUCGGAUUUUUUAUACCUCGUAGAUAUUCUGUUCCACUUCCGCACGGGUUACCUCGAGGACGGUGUGCUGCAGACCGACUCGACCAAGCUCCGGCAGCACUACAUGAACUCGACGACGUUCUACAUAGACUGCCUUUGUUUAUUGCCGUUAGAUUUUUUAUACUUAUCGAUAGGGUUCAACUCGAUACUGCGGUCGUUUAGGCUAGUUAAGAUUUAUCGAUUCUGGGCCUUUAUGGAUCGCACCGAACGGCACACGAACUAUCCGAAUUUAUUCCGUUCGACCUCACUGAUACACUAUCUGUUAGUUAUAUUCCACUGGAACGGUUGUUUAUAUCACAUAAUCUAUAAGAAUAACGGUUUCGGCUCGAAGAACUGGGUGUUCCACGACUCGGAAUCGGCGGACGUGGUGAAGCAGUAUCUGCAGAGCUACUACUGGUGCACGCUGGCACUGACCACGAUCGGUGACCUGCCACGGCCCCGCUCCAAGGCGGAGUACGUGUUUGUGAUAGCGCAGCUCCUGUUCGGUUUGAUGCUGUUUGCGACGGUGCUCGGUCAUGUGGCCAACAUCGUCACCUCGGUCAGUGCAGCCCGCAAGGAGUUUCAAGCCAAGCUCGACGGUGUCAAAACCUACAUGCGCAUGAGACGGGUUCCCAAUCAUCUCCAGGUGAAAGUGAUCAAAUGGUUCGACUAUCUCUGGCUGACGCAGAAGUGCUCAGAUGAGGAGAGAGCUGUAUCAUGUCUUCCUGACAAAUUAAAGGCUGAAAUAGCUAUAAAUGUUCAUUUAGAUACACUUAAGCGAGUAGAAAUUUUUCAAAAUACCGAAGCGGGCUUUCUGUGCGAGUUGGUGUUAAAGCUAAGACCGGUGCUGUUCUCUCCGGGCGACUUCAUCUGUCGGAAAGGUGAAGUCGGCAAAGAGAUGUACAUAGUCAAUAGAGGUAGACUGCAGGUUGUCGCAGACAACGGAAAAACUGUUAUGGCUUCGCUGAAAGCUGGAUCCUAUUUUGGCGAAAUCAGUAUCCUCAACAUGGGUACGGCAGGUAAAGCGCUCGGUAACCGCAGGACUGCCAGCGUACGGUCGGUCGGCUACAGCGAUCUGUUUGUGCUCAGCAAAAAGGACAUGUGGGACGUGCUGAAGGAAUAUCCGGCGGCUAGGGUGCGGCUGGAGGCGAUCGCCGUCAAACGGCUCGAAAAGUACAAGAAGGCCCCGCUCGAGAAAGUUGCUAUGGGACGCUGCCAAUCGACGCCAGGAUUAGUGGAAACGCGGGGCCGUACCACCUUCGAGGACAUGUGGAUAUCACCGACGACGGCGAUUACGUCCGGCAGUUCGAUGGUACCGACAUAUCCACCGCCGCCGGGCAGCCGCAUGACCAGUCCCCGGUCCCAUCGUGGUGAACUGAGCGGCAGUCGACAGCCCCAAUCGCCCGGUUCAGUCAGUCCCAGUGUACAUAGUUCCGAGGAACGGCCUAGAAGUCGCACGACUUCCCAUCAAACAUCCCGGCCUCAGUCGCAACCGAGCCGGACCACCGGUAGGAGAAGCAUCUGUGAUGCUAGCGGGUUGUCCACCAACAGCAGAGACUUUCUGGGGCCACCGUGUGACUCGCUAACCCACAUUGAAUCGUCCGGUGCUACUCCGCUGCUGGGAUCUCACGAAGCUCUGGAGGGCGAAAUCAAACGGCUCCGAGAACGGUUGCAUACGGUCGAAUCGGAAAACUUCUCGCUGAACGCUAAACUGGCCCAGCAGCAGUGGGAGGUCGAACACCGGCUGGCGGAGAUCGAGAUGCAGAUCUGUGGCGCUUCGUCCGCGUCCAGCAUCAGUCAGGAGAAUGAAACCGAAGAUCUCGAGCGAAAUCGGGAAAGUAUCAUAUAACACGGAAGCGAGCUGCCUCAAAAAGUUGCCCUGGUGUAUGUGCGAUGCAUGACAUGAAUUGGCGCGAUGGUAUUAGUUUUGAUGGACAGAACAGGCGACGGUGUUCGGUUACUUUUCCUUCGGUUGGCCAAUCCUUUACCGCACGGCUCCUGUGUUCGGUCCAAAUGUUUGCUAGUUUCGACCUUCGGAGACCUGGUGGGGGAGAAAAAUGCGGAUGAUAGAAAAAACAACAGCAUUACGGGUCAUCUUUGACAAAAAGGCAGCUAUUCUAGGACUACGAAAGCGCGCGCACGGAAGCAGUCUUCCUACAGAUAGGUACCGUCGCACAGUCGGUAGGUUUUCAAACUGUAAAAAAAAACAAGCACAGUAGAUGAGGAAUAAAACGUGAACAAACGGAUGAGUGCAAACUCAUAUCACCAAUGGUUUGUCAAAAUUGAUAAUGUCACUAAUUCGGGUUCUAAACUUUGGAGAAAAUGAAAACAAGUGAGAUUACAUUUAAUGCAACUAAUCGUGCUCUGUAUGAUAGUCGAAUCAUUUCAUAAAUGUUUCUAUAGUGAUUGAAAGCUAGCGAAACCCAGUGUAAUUUAGAGAAGCCAACCGAAAUAGACAGCCAGGUGAAAUGUAGUUGUAAUUUCGAAGAAGGUACUCACUACUGUCGAACGAUGUAGAUUUUUUACUUGCCACGAAUCAGUUGGUGAAGAUUAGAAUAAACAGUAAACCACAGCGAACACUGAUUCUAACUAGUCAGCAAGCAUUAAAUUGUUGAGAAUGGUUGGCUAGUGCCGGCAGCCAAUCAAAAGCGUACUUUAGUUUGUUGUUGAAUUCGAGGAUACAUAUUAUUUGUUACGUGCUCGGUACUGCCGCCACCUACAGACGCAUUCACUCAACGAUUAAUCAAAUAGUAAAAACCCUCGCAGAGGAGAUAAUUGUGAAUAUUUCACUGUAAAAACAUGUAAAACUAAAGAAAUUAAGAAAAUUUUAUAACCUCAUCCAAAGUCGCGCAUUUCCAAGUUUGAAUACAUUCUGAAUCCUCAUAGAAAAUAAUUAAUCUUUCAUCGUAAACACGUCCGCAACAUUUUCUUUCAUCCAAUUGAAACAAUCCAGUUUUUAAAUUUUGAUACCUAGAGUUACUGACAAGAAAAAAAAAAGUUUUAUUCGUUCCAAUCUAUAGAAAUCAUUAGGCGCACGUGACGACGAUUAGCCUAGAGGAUAACUCGAAUCCGACGUAAAUUAACUCUUCAUAUCUCAUCAACUAAACUAUUCGUCCGGUUGAUUUGCGAUUAGGGUACAAGCAAGCAAGCAUCAUAAAGCACCACUCAAAUUUACUAGGCGAUGAUUAUUUGUUACACUAAGCCAUUUAAAUUCAUGUAUCAAUCUCAUUCGAAUAACUGUAGUUAAUAAAUAAUACGGUGGAAAUCGAAGUAAAACAGCAACAAAUAAACUUCUGCGCAGGAAUUGUUGAAUCCUCCGAUGAAUGCCGACUUUGUGCGAUAAGUUUUAUAUGAAGAAAUAAUGUUUUAAUCUGUUAACAAUUCGUUGUUGAUUUCGAGAGAAUGUGGUCUUUUAAUUAUGACGGAUAUUUAUUGCUAAUUUGAAAAUGAAAAAGCUUCAAAAGCUCAAUUGUUGAUAGAUGUUGAUGGUUGAGAUGUUGAACAGUUGUCGAUUUGCCAUCGGAACUGUGUUUUAGAAGAGAGGUUAUGAAACAGGAACAGGUUUCCACGGUUGAAUCGCCAAGGCUUGAGGUUUUUAUUAAAUGGGUCUACAAAACUGUAGAGCAUCAAAAAUAGGCAUUUUUUGGAUUUUUUUUUCUAGCGCAGUGAAGAGAUGAAUCGAAAUCCUGUCAAAUGAGUUUUUUAAUACUAAUUGUGUAGUACAAAAAAAAUAUUUUUUUACGUAUUUUCUCAAGCUGACAGCUGUGCACUAGAGAUGAUUGGGAUUCAAGUUUUUCGAAACCGAACCGACUUGAACUCGAGUGACGGUGCCGGUGGUUGAGUUGUAAGCGUGACCGCCACUCAUUCCAGUUGGCCUGGGUUCAAUUCCAGCCGAGGUCGUUGAGAUUUUUCUGAGGUGAAAAAAUCUGUGGUCAGGUCUUCCUUCGGUAGGGAAGUAAAGCCGUUGGUCCCCCGGUCCAUGAAAUUGGUGGAUCGAUAUCUAGUAUCUAGUCCAGGUAGUUGGAAUCACCUCUCUGAAGUCGGUAAAGGAGAAGUAGAUCCAACUAACUCUAUACUCUUACUAACAAAAAUAUCCUCCUCGUGAUACAUACUUGUGGAGUGCGCAGUAGUAUAUACGGCGUCUAGCAAAAGCAAGUAUCGGACUAACCAUUCCUUCCCUUUCCUUCCGCGAUCUACGUUCGGGCCUGGCCAGCGCCGGUAUUGAUCAAAAACACUUUAGAUUACCAGGAGUUUGCACAUUGAAAGAUCAUACUCAGUUGCGUUUCGGCUUCGCCUCAUCAGAAACCGACACUAACUUAUUGUCGGAAUAGAUUAGCGUCGGCUUGACGCAAAUCCCUUAAAACUAAAACACACUUUGUGUUUCAAUCGAACGACUGACCAAUCAAGAUGUCCUGUUCGAGCAGAAGUUCUGUUUAUGCCGAUGAGACACAGUGAAGCCGAAACUUGUCUUGGCUUAGCAGGCCUAUGCGAAAGCACUAUGCUAUAUUUCACCCUAAGGUGAAAGAUGUUUCGCUACUCCCAAGCUUAAUUAUCUACUGAUUCCCUGUGCAACUUCAGCUAGUCCCGAUCGAUAACGGAGCAGCAGCCAGGGGUGGUCGCACAAGCUCAACAACAAGCUCAAGCUCAACCGAACCGACUUGAACCCGAGAAUUCGAAAUUUCAAAAUCAGGUAUCAGAAUAUAUUGGCUCAAAUGCACGUUCCCCGCUUGUAGUCGGGGAUUUGUGCCUUGCCGUAUGUUUUCGUAAUUUCCCUGAUCGGAAGGAAAAGAGAAGGAGAAGGGAGGGAGUAGAAUUGGCAGGGUAGGGAAAAUGGCAAUACAUACCCAAAGAGCAUAUAAGUUGUACUCACACGUAAAAGGCCGCGUGUCACAGUGUUGAUUCAAGAAGCGUAAGAUGAUUUUUGAAAUCAUUGGGCGACGGUUUUUCCAAAAAAGCUUUUGUAGAUCGCACCUAUAGUUGCAGUGCUCAGUUGAAGCCCAGGACAGCACGGAUCAUUUCCUUUAACCAACCUGUUUAAAUUGACUAAGCAGGCUCUGCGCUAACAUAGUCAAUCUUUGCACUUGCUCUGGCCAAUUAGUCGGCCCAUUCAUUACCAGUAAUACCGGAAUGUCCCAAACGAGGCUGAUCGCAUUAUCAAUACUAAGUUCCUCUAGUUGAAUUCGGCAUGCAAUCACUAGCUUGUGCCGUAAUUUGUCCGACCUUACGUACCUUACCUUACCCUUCAGUAUAGAGCCUUGUUGUCUCUUGCUGUAUGCAGAAGCCGUCUCCACUCCACUCGGUCCAUUUCUGCUUGUCGCCAGCCUCGCAGUCUUCGAAGGGUCCGCAGGUCGUCCUCUAUCUGGUCGAUCCAUCGUGCUCACUGCGCGCCCCAUAUUGUAGUUCCUGUCGGAUUGCCCUCAAGAACCAUCUUUACUAGGUCGUCGUCCGACAUUCUUACGACAUGUCCAGCCCACCGCAAACGUCCUAUUUUUGGCGGUAUGCGCGAUGUAUGGUUCUUCCAGCAGCUGAUGCAACUCAUGGUUCAUUCGCCUGCGCCACGUUCCGUCUUCUAUCUGCACGCCACCAUAGAUGGUACGCAAAACCUUUCGUUCGAAAACUCCAAGGGCGCGUUGGUCCUCCACAAGCAUAGUCCUGGUCUCGUGGCCGUAGAGGACAGCCGGUCGAAUCAGCGUCUUGUAGAUAAUCAACUUCGUGCGGCGGCGAAUUUUGUUCGACGUCCUCCGGAGUCCAAAGUAGGCACGAUUUCCCGCUAAGAUUCGUCUCUGAAUUUCUCUGCUGGUAUCAUUGUCAGCGGUUACCAGUGAGCCCAAAUACACGAAUUCGUCGACCAUCUUGAUUUCGUAACCGUCAAUCCGAACUCAGGAUGGGAGGUUCACAUUGUCGUCUCUAGAACCUCUUCCUCAUGUAUUUUGUCUUCGAAGCGUUGAUGGCAAGUCCAAUCCUGCUGGCUUCGGCUUUCAGUCUGAUGUACGUUUCCGACAUCGCCUCGAAGUUCCGUGCCAUUAUGUCAAUGUCGACGGCGAAGCUAAGAAGCUGGAUGAACUUCCUGAAGAUCGUGCCACUCGUGUCUAUCCCCGCUCUCUUUAUUACACCUUCUAACGCAACGUUGAACAGCAGGCACGAUAGAACAUCACCUUGCCGUAACCAUCUUCGAGAUACAAAGGGACUCGAGAGUGUCCCUGAUACUCGAACAACGCACAUCACCCGAUCCAUCGUUGCUUUGACAAAUCGUGUUAGCUUAUCCGGAAAACCGCACUCGCGCAUUAUCUGCCAUAGCUGAUCUCGAUCGAUUGUGUCAUAUGCCGAUUUGAACUCGAUGAACAAAUGAUGUGUGGGCACGUUGUAUUCGCGGCACUUCUGCAGAACCUGUCAAAACGCGAAUAUUUGGUGGCACGGGAACCCAUGAACCCCGCUUGAUAAUACCCCACGAACUCUCUUGCAAAUGGUGACGAUCGGUGGCAAAGAAUUUGGGAGAGGACCUUGUAGGCGGCGCUAAGUAGUGUGAUCGCGCGGUAGUUGCAGCAAUCCAACUUGUCACCCUUUUUUAGAUUGGGCAAACGACACCCUCCAUCCACUCCUCCGGAAGAAUCUCCUCCUCCCAAAUUUUGGUAAUUACUUAGUGCAGCGCUAUAACCAGUGUUUCACCACCGUAUUUUAAUAGCUCGCUGGGUAGUUGAUCUACACCGGCAGCUUUGUUGUUUUUCAGCCGACCGAUCUCCUCCUUGACUUCUUGGAGAACAGGGCCGGCAGCCUAUCGUCUUCUGCGCGUGCUACAAGAUCAGUUGCCAUGCCGUGUUCGUCCUCUGCUGAUUCACCAUUGAGUUGAUUCUGCAUUGUUCGUAACGGUUUGUUUUCUAGGGCGACUUGUUGGGCCUUCCCCAACCCCCUGUCUCGCCUCAGGACCAUCGUGUCAGCUCUGUUUAGAGUCCCACGCUGACACGUGGACGAUACAUCAGCCGCCCCUAACAUGGAAAAUAGACGCUGUUUUGAGUCGCCCCUAACAUGGGGAACAGACGCUCGGAUGGACUCACCCUCCGAAGAGAGGACCCCCCCCCCCUUCUCUGUCAGCAUACGACGAUGGUCCCACCGGGGUUGGUUACCCGAUCUUUCCUAUGGUUACGCGUACCCCAGCUGGUACUGCGGGGAACUAGAGAUAGGAGUUACUGGGCAAGAGGCUAAGGACCACUGUGGCGAACCACCGGUAUAUAUAACGCAUUGCUCAGUCAUUUACUAACCAAAUUUGUCCGACCUAAGGGCCUUGAUUGCAACGGGACAAUCAGAGCGGAAGAGUAUAACUUUACCGGACAAACUCUGUUGAUGACCCGAUUGUAACCCGCACAUAACCGCGAAGAAAUACAGUACUGUAUCUACCUAGCGAGUGAGACUGUUCCAAUCUCAUUUUACGACAGUAGACGCGCGCAGCAGCACGCACAGUGGCACGACGAGUGACAAAACCCCCAAAAUCAACGUCUUGUAAUUAUUUUGUGAAUAUUUAUUUUAUUUUUCUCUCUGUUUGCAUAAAAGUAUCUCAAAAAUUUACGAUAAUCGGAUGAAAAAUGAAUUUUUAAUUAGAAUUGCUAGUACCUUAGAAUUUCAAAUAGCGAUAUCUCAAGAAUUACACAGCCAAUUGGAGAAAUUUUAAGUUCAUUGGAAAGAAGAAUGAAUAUGCUGUGGAUGUGAGAUUUUUGUGCAAAGCUGAUUUACAUCAAAAAAACCCAAUUGAAAAAUUUUAUAUCAUAUCAGUAAUUUAUCUUUAUACGUCUUCCAAUUUUUGAGAUCUUCCAUGGGUCACUUAUCAUGAAUCUGACUCAAAAUUUAGUGUAGUUUCAAGAUAUAUAGGCCUCAUCUUGCGCAUUUUUGCGCCGAAGUUGGUAUAUCUAUGUUUUUGAAAAUACCCAUAUGGAGACGCCCUGUAGCUCAUAAAUCUCCUUACAAAUUAAUUGCCUAAAUAACGUCAUAUUACUGAAAAAUUAGUGGUUUUUACUAGUUUUGUCAACCAUUUCUGCUAUCCGGUGUGAUUGGCUACUAUGAUUAACGUCUAUAUUAACCCUUUAACGACCAACGCUCUCAAAUGGUUGUAAUAAAAGUUGUCGAAAAAAUGAAAUAUGGAAUUUCAAAACUGACAGCAGAAAUGGAUUCAGCGACCCAAAAUUAGUUAAAAUCCCAAGUUUUAGCCACAUAUACCAAUUUUUAUAAUUUUGUCACAACUUUGUAUGAACAGGUGCCACUGUGGCACGUCCCUCCAUAAGAGACCCGUCAAUAUAACAGGCCACUUGUGGCGUUUGUUGUUGUCUCUCCAUAUAGCCAGACAACCACUUCUCUCGAGAGGGAAUCUUCACAUGGAAUGUCCUGUAAGGAAAACCACAUGUGAGUGCAAUAUCGUUGGGAGCAAGAAUAUCUUCACCCUAUGUAAUCAUCUGUGAAUACAGUCGAGUAUAUUUUUUCUUAUAGUAAGGUUUAAAAAGCUUGUAAAGCCUGGCCUGUAGUGUAUUGGCGUCGUGUGGGACUCAUGCCUCACUUUCGUGUCUAACUACUAAACCACUCCUUACUGUUUUUUUUCGCCAAGGUACUACUUCGUACUUUUGCUCGCGGAUUUUCCGCAGCUGUCUCGGAGCCUCACUUGACCCUUGAAAUGGCUCGACCUUCUCGACUUUCCACUUGCUUUCCGUCUUCAUCUUCUACGUCCCGUUUAGCUCCUGUUUCAGUGAGUCAUUCAGCUUCCAGUCUUAUCCCGAUCUACUCGAAUAGUCCCCGGCGUGAACUCACCCUACUCCGUCUAAACAAUCCCUGGCGGCGGAAUUUCUUUCGGUACCGGUGUCUGUUUCGUCAGCCAAUUAGCUCCCAAGUCGGAAAGUUCACAGCGGUGAAUCCACCAUAUGGUAAAUUCCCCGGCAGCAGAUUUGUCGCUAUACCGACAUUCGUGAGCCAUUUAGCUCCCCGCUUCGUCCCGAUCAACUUGAUCUAGUCCCCGGCGGUGGACCUAGCCUACAGCCAGUAGGUGCUGAGAUUUGACCAGCGACUCCGAGUGUUGCAUAGCUUCCGGCUCACUGCCAUCCCAACAAUCCACAGCUAGCCGUUCCAUGCGAUCUACUCGCUCUAAUCCCUGGCGGUGGAUCUAGCCUACUCACGUGCUACCCGGUAGGGUAUCGAGGUCGUCUGGUGCCCCGGCGAUCCGAACCCGGUGCUACGUCGCGUGCUACUCAACUGGUCACCGACGGUGGACCUAGUCUACACCGAUGGAGAGUUCCCCGACUGUGGAAUUUCUCCUGAGAUCCGAUGUGUAGUUUCACGGCGGCUUCCUGGGCGAUGGCGCUACUUUGUUAGUCCCUUCACUGAUUCCUGUGCAGCUCGAAGGAGUAUACUCAUAACUACUUUGUUUACAGUAUCCUAGACAUGCUCGACGUGGCACAUCUCUUUGACGAUAUUGCCAAUUGUCACACCAGGCAUACCUCUUUGAACCUAGGGCAUUCGAAGACCACGUGUUCCGAUGUUUCUUGCACGUUCACACAGUCCGGGAAAAGGGGUAACUAAGCAUGUCCAAACCGAUGCAGGUUCUUCCGGAAGCAUGCGUACCCGGUCAAAAACUGCCUCAAAUGAAAGGUCACCACUCUAUGCUUCCUAUGCACCUAAGUCGACACAUUUGGGAUGAGUCGGUAGGUCUACCUUCCUUUCUUACACCCAAAACUCGGCCGUAAUACCUUUACGGUAAUAAGAAAAAAUUACUCUAAUAGCAAGACGUUUCAUGCUAAAACGGUCCCAACAAAAAAUUCCCCAAAUGGCAAUACCAACACAUUCAAAUCUCUUCUGCAUCGCACUCAUGUUUCAUCAAUUCUUAAAUAUUAACGCGUCGAAUUGUCUGGAAGUGUGUAGCACUUCGCUUGUCAUUGUAUUGCGCAUCGAGCAAAGCGAACAUAAUGAUGAUAGAGACGAGUUUCGAUUUUUUCUACGCGACACAUUCCGUAUUUGAAGAUCGGCUCACACUCGGCUAGCUUCAAAGCACAGUCAGAAAAAAAACGACUCGGAAUAGUGGUGGGGUACUUCGGCCGGUGUUAAAUUGAAUUUUCUUUUCUAUCACGGACGUUAACAGCAAGGUAGCGACUGCACAAAACAUGAAUAGUCCUUCCCGUCAUGUAUGGGAAGCAAGACCUAUGGAUCCACGUAUCCGAACCGAGGGUCCAGAUCCAGACACUUGUCUGGAUCUAAGCACCAGGUCUGGGUCUGGUUCAGAUCCGGACUUGGUAAGGGGAAUAGGGGAUGGGCUAGAUCCUGGUACUAGUCCGGAUCCGGGUACUGGUCCGGUUCCGGGUACUGGUCCAUAUCCGGGCACUGGUUCGGAUCCGGGAGGUCCGGAUUUGGGGACUGGUCCGGAUCUGGCAGCUAGGCCGGAUCCGGAAACCGCCUAAGCUUCUUAUUCCACUAUCCAACCGAUCCAGUAAAAAAAUCCGUAAUUCUGGCUGGUUUCUGCCAAUAUUGGGGCAUAUUCCAGCCUGAAUUUGGUCAGAGAUCCGCCAGGAUUCCGGUUGGUAUAGCUCGGUACUAACACUAUCAUAGCAAUCGACCGAAUUAUCCUACAUCCGAACAUAGCCGAGGUUGACACAUACUGAAAAAGUGUUUGAUUGUGUGAUGCGCAUACAUGAAUAGCAACCGAAAUUCGUCAUUCCACCGUUUACUACCUUUGCGGGAAUAUGAGUUUAAUACCGCAAUGCGCAAUUGCCUGGUCUGUUACCGAAAAGACAAUAGAAUCUUACCCAAAAGUAAUAGAAACAUGCCCGUCGGAUUUUGGGUGUAGCGUUGUCUCACUCUUGCUGUCACUUUGCCAACGAGUCCACUCGGACCAGUUUCCUUACAGUACGUGCAUUUCUCCGCUGGGAGCAUUCAACGUCCUCAGCCAGAGUAAUGCAGAUAGGGAUCAUCCCGGCAUACCGCCUCCGACGAUAUCGUUGUGUACGCACUCGCGACAUGAACAGCCAUUUGACGAAACGUGCUUGUCAACUUCAUCCGGUUCCGAUUUGAACUCAGUGCAGCAUGCCAGGCCGGUACGCCAUACCUCAGUAUUGAGGAUGAGACACUUGCCAGGAGACGUCUCGUGCUGAAUCUUGCUCCUCCUAUGUUCAGCAUGAUCCUUGCCAAUGCGUUAGCUGCCUUCGCAGCCUACUCACGUAUAUAACCGACAUGGACGUUGUAAUUUAACCGACCGUCGAACAUCACGCCCAGGUGCUUCAGUGAACGUAUCGAUGGGAUUGAGUGUCCUCCGACGCUGAUCACGACGCGCUGGAUUUUUUGACGGUUGCUGACCAACACUACCUCCACUCAGCUGCAUCUUGACGUUAGCCAUCCAGGUUUCCACGAAGCCUAUUCUCUCUCCCGUUAACAUCUCUACCUCCUCAAGGGUUUCACCGGUUAUGUUCAGGACAAUAUCAUCUGAAAAGCCGACAGUCUCGACUCACCUGGGACUUCCAGUGUUGUACGGAGCCCUGAGGUACUCCCACCGUGACCCUAAUCGACCUCUGUCCCAUGUUCGUCUCGUAGGCCAGUACUAAAUUCUGAAAGCAACAUUUUAAAACCUUGCACAUUGUGAAUGUCUUCUUGACUGUGUCUUGACUGUGACUGACUACUAAGUAAAAGCAAUAUUGUUGUUUUCGCUGUCUAAUUUAUGACUGAUUAGCCGAAAAACUCCUCAUAAAAAACUUUGCACAAAUAGUCCUGGUCUCGCAUUCUGUGUAACGCUAAAGCGAUAGCCACCCAUAUGGCGCUGUUGAACGCGUUCUCCACAUCGAUCGUUACCACGGCGCAGUAGCGUUUAUCCCUCCUCCUUUGCUUCAAUACUUUUUUCGCGCUCGCGAUUGCUGUGCGGGUUGCCCCCACCGUCGAGAUCUUUUUCCGGAAUUCGAACGGCCUCUGCGAUAGUCCGUUCUCAUUGUCAUCGCAGUUCGUCAGCUUGUUGAGGAUGGUCCUUUCCAGAAGUUUCACAAGAGUAUCCAGCAGGCAUAUAGGUCGCUAUGAUGCUGGAUCUCCUAGUGGCGUCCCUGAUUUUGGCAGCAACACCAGCUUCUCCCAUCCAUCCGGGAAGUAACCUCCGUCCAGGAAUUACUGUAUAACUAUCCUUUACACGUCCGAAAAUGCCAGGAUCGCGGUCUUCAAUGCCACGUUGGGAAUACCAUCCAGACCGGGAGCUUUCGUCUCUUUCAGCUCUUCCGCCAUCAUAAGGAGCACGUCAGUGGAGACACGAUUGUCACCAGCAUCAACGUACGGCGCAGGAGGACAUGCGGUUGGGACGUCCUUCAGGAAAAGACCCUCCACGGUAAUUUUCAGUUUGUCAGCGCAUAUUUCAGCUGGCGUCAUUGAUCUUGGCCAUCACGACACGGUAAACGUUGCCCGCCGGGAGUUAGCGUCUACUUCUGCACAGCUCCAUGUUGAAGGUUGGAUUACCCAGCAUUAUUUUUCGUUUAAAAGCAGCCCUAGUCGCCUAGAAUAGCACCUUACACAUUGCUCUGACUGCCUUCGAUCGUAGACAGGCAGCACGGAGGAUGCUGAGUCAUUCGUUCCACCAAUACACCGGACGCCGGCAGUUACUCGGCUCCAUUUUCCGCGGUAUUGUUGCAUCACUGUUUCCGACGGUAUUCAGAAUUGGAGCGAGGCUGUCAGCAUGAAGUGCUUCCAUAAGAAGGGCCCCGUCGAUGUAUUUUAUUUGAGAACGUGAAACUCCCGGAAUUGUCGGGAUAAACACUGUAUUCAAAGGGGCUUUGAUUGACCAUCCUACUAACGUAGAUACUGUCUGCACUUUUCGCAGCGAGGGCCGGGAAUCCAUCAUCGAUGUCACUUUCUGUAGCUCUGGACUGACAGGAAACAUGAACUGGAGCGACCAUCAAGCGAUCUGGUGCAGCUUUGGGCACAGGGCACAGUUUGAACGACCUGGAAGGAAGAUAAAACAGCGAAGGUGCAAAGUAACAAUCUUCGAAAAGGGUGGGUUCGUCGCAGCGUUUAGAAAUGAGGGCAUCUUCUAGACCCUGAUUACGGACGAGCUGACGGCAGCACUAACAAGGGUGACCAUGCCGAGGCCUGUAAUGCCGAAAAACGGUCAUCAUUCUGCAAAUUGGUUGAAUACGAUGAUUGCCGAUCAACGUAUGAGUUAUCUCCGAGCCUGGAGAAGUCCGUCUUAGAAUGACACCGAAAGGCAGGAACGAAUGUUGGUGUACAGAGCUGCAAGAACCGCUCUCAACAAAGCAAUCAAGCUAUGCAAGAAAGCCUGUCAUGUGCAGCUUUGCUACAAAGUCAACGCGAAUCAUUGGGGAGACGCCUACAGGACUGUUCCCGCAGCAUCUGGCUGCUUCCAUUGAACAGUAAGGAAAAUAAUUAUUUAUUAAUUAAUUUAUUUAUUUCGUAUAAUUUCAACAAACCUGUAUUGAAAAAAAUUUCUUACAAAGUAAACAAUAAACAAUUAUCAAACGUCACAUUUUAACAUAAACGGAAACAAUCUGGGCAUAUUCAACGUUCAGAAACAAAAAAUCCACAGUGGAAAUAAUCAUUGGAAAAGGUGAACUGCAUUGAUUAACAUUGAGGUUCCCACGUUGUGCUGCUGCGGUUGGUAAAGUGUCGGUAUCGGACAUUUCGUGGCCAAGUAGUCGUUUGCAACGCCAGUGACUUCCAUUUUAUGGCAAUCCUUAUUCUAAAUGAUGCUUAAACAAUAGAAUCGCAUGACCUCCAAAAUGGCACAAGUUUUGUAACUCCGAUUGUGUCCAUUGAACUAAGUCCGAGGCACUGUACGACUAGUGGUGUUUAUUUCUUUCUCAGUUACGUGCACUUCAAUGUUUGAUAAGAAAAGAGAGAACUCUGCAUCACUCGUCUUCGACCAGCUCUGUGAUGACGGUUCAUUUUGUGAAGCGGGAACGUUUUGUAGAAUGUUUCUAAACACACGUCACAUAGCCAGAUGACAUUCUUCGUGAUUCUGAUAAACUAGCCUUUUGCAUUCCAUACUGAACAAUAACAACUGCAAAGGAAUGACACCUCGGCAGUUUAAUUAAAUGACAUAGGUUUUAAGCGAAUAUCGUCAAAUGGUGUUCGAUUUGUACGUUGAUUAUGACGGGUAGCACGGCACACGAUCUAGGCUACGGAAAUUGGCACUUUAAAAGACGAAAACGAUUAAAUUUUCGUGCGCAAUUCAACAAAAACCGGGAACAGAGAAACUAAACCAAGGAGUUCUCAGGUGAUACGAUUCUCAAAAACGCCGAUCAGCCAUGUUGGUUCUAUAAACGACAGCUAACAACACAAGUUGUUCGCUGUCAUUUUUCUUCCCCGCAGUCUGCUGCACGCUUACCUCACUCCUCACCUAGUUACUGCCAAAGACGAAU